GUAAAGAAUGGAGAGGCGGAGUUGUCUCACGGACCCUGACCGUUGUCCGUGGGCGGGCGGGUAGAAGCCAUCAGCGCGCGUCCCGUGAGAGGAACGCCCCCUUACGAUCCCGCCGAUGUCCCAUCUCAGCUCGGCCUCGCGCUCCGGUCUCCCGCCCCCGGCGCUCUCCGCGGACGCCCCUCAGCCGCUCUCGCGCUUCCCCUCACGCCGCCCCGGGCCUCUUCGCCGCCGCGGGGUUUGGGCGCCCGGCCGAUAGCUUCCAUCCGUCCCCUCGCCUGCAGCGCGGACAGCGCCCUCCGGCGCAUCCUCCCUGUCGUGGGAAACAACACCAAAUAGGGAUACCAUGGGACAAACAGUGAAUGAAGAUUCCAUGGAUGUCAAGAAGGAGAAUCAAGAGAAAACUCCUCAGUCAAGUACGUCUUCUGUACAAAGAGAUGAUUUCCACUGGGAGGAGUAUUUGAAAGAGACUGGGUCUAUAAGUGCUCCUUCAGAGUGCUUCCGUCAGUCUCAGAUUCCACCUGUGAAUGAUUUCAAAGUUGGUAUGAAAUUGGAAGCCCGUGACCCACGCAAUGCCACUUCAGUAUGUAUUGCUACAGUUAUUGGAAUUACUGGGGCCAGGUUACGGUUACGACUGGAUGGUAGUGACAACAGAAAUGAUUUUUGGAGGCUUGUCGAUUCCCCAGACAUACAACCUGUUGGGACAUGUGAAAAGGAAGGAGACUUACUUCAACCUCCACUAGGGUACCAGAUGAAUACAUCCUCCUGGCCGAUGUUCCUCUUAAAGACACUAAAUGGGUCUGAAAUGGCAUCUGCCACAUUAUUUAAGAAGGAACCACCAAAGCCCUCACUAAAUAAUUUUAAAGUGGGGAUGAAACUGGAAGCUAUUGACAAAAAGAACCCAUAUCUCAUCUGUCCUGCGACCAUUGGAGAUGUUAAAGGGGAUGAAGUUCAUAUCACAUUCGAUGGCUGGAGUGGAGCUUUUGAUUACUGGUGCAAGUAUGAUUCUCGAGAUAUUUUCCCAGUUGGGUGGUGUCGUCUGACAGGAGAUGUAUUACAACCCCCAGGAACUAGUGUUCCUAUUGUAAAGAAUAUAGCAAAAACAGAGUCUUCUCCUUCCGAAGCGAGCCAGCAUUCAAUGCAGUCUCCACAGAAAACUACUCUAAUAUUACCAACACAGCAGGUCAGGAGAUCAAGUCGAAUUAAACCACCUGGACCUACUGUAGUCCCCAAAAGGAGCAGUUCUGUUAAAAAUAUCACACCAAGGAAAAAAGGUCCAAACUCAGGAAAAAAGGAAAAACCUUUGCCUGUGAUAUGUUCUACAUCUGCAGCUUCUCUAAAAUCGCUGACCAGAGACCGUGGCAUGUUAUAUAAAGACAUCGGUUCUGGGCCAUGUAAAAUAGUGAUGUCUACAGUCUGUGUCUAUGUAAACAAACAUGGAAACUUUGGCCCUCACCUGGAUCCGAAGAGAAUCCAGCAGCUGCCUGACCACUUUGGCCCGGGCCCAGUGAAUGUGGUGCUUCGCCGGAUUGUGCAGGCCUGUGUGGAUUGUGCCCUUGAAACUAAAACUGUUUUUGGAUACCUGAAGCCAGAUAAUCGUGGAGGAGAAGUGAUAACUGCCUCCUUUGAUGGGGAAAUUCAUUCCAUCCGGCUCCCUCCAGUGAACAGUGCAUCAUUUGCUCUUCGCUUUCUUGAGAACUUCUGCCACAGUCUGCAGUGUGAUAACCUUUUGAGUAGCCAGCCUUUUAGUUCUUCCAGGAGUCAUACUCACAGCUCUGCAGAGCAUGAUAAAAAUCAGUCAGCAAAAGAAAAUGUAACAGAAAGGCAAAGCACCAAACGAUCUCCUCAGCAAACUGUACCAUAUGUUGUUCCUCUCUCUCCUAAGCUCCCCAAAACAAAGGAGUAUGCGUCUGAAGAAGAACCAUUGUUUGCUGGGGGAAGUGCCAUUCCCAAAGAGGAAAAUCUUUCAGAAGAUUCUAAGAGCUCAUCACUAAAUUCAGGAAAUUAUUUGAAUCCUGCCUAUAGAAAUCCUAUGUAUAUUCAUACUUCAGUCUCCCAGGAUUUUUCUCAAAGUGUGCCAGGCACCACAAGUUCACCACUAGUUGGGGACAUACCCCCCAAGAGCAGUCUCCAUGAAUUUAAAUUCCAAAUGCAAAGGAAAAGUGAAGCUCCAAGUUAUAUAGCUGUACCUGAUCCCAGUGUCCUGAAACAAGGCUUCUCUAAGGACCCUUCAACCUGGUCUGUGGAUGAAGUGAUACAGUUUAUGAAACAUACAGAUCCUCAGAUAUCAGGCCCCCUCGCCGACCUCUUCAGGCAACAUGAAAUUGAUGGGAAGGCUCUGUUCCUACUCAAGAGUGAUGUGAUGAUGAAGUAUAUGGGGCUGAAGCUGGGGCCAGCAUUAAAGCUGUGUUACUACAUUGAAAAACUUAAAGAAGGAAAAUACAAUUGAAAAAAAAUGUGUAAGUUUAGAUUGGACAUAAUUCUCAGGUGUACUGUUAACAUUUUAAUUUAAAAGUAUUUCUCUUAGCAGUUUUUGUUUUGUAGACAGUUCCUAUAAAAAUAUUUUAUCAGAAUUGCAGAACUGUAUUAACAGUUCAGUCAACUUUUUUUUUUUUUCCUGGAGUCACCAACCAGCUUCGGGAGGCACAGCCGCCACUCCCCCAGUCUACUUCUUUAAAAAGCAUUUAACAUGUUAGUAUUGGCAUAUUCAAAUUGGCAGUUCUUUAUGUCUUUUUAAAUUUUCAUUGUACAGUUUACAAAUAUACUUAAUGUAGUUAACAGAGAAAAACCUUUGAUUUUGGUUAACCUUUAUAUCUAGAACCAAAACAGCUAAAUCCCAAAGGGGAAAAUAUCAGGGAUUGACAACUUCUAUAAUUAAAUCCAUGAGAAUUUUUCCUCACCAGAGAAUUUAAAGGUGCACCUGUAGAUAUCAUCUUUUCUCAAAUAUUUUGUGUGAUACUCUGUGGUGUUCCGUUCAUGUUCUAUCAGUAUAUCUAGAAAGGGAAUAGCCAUAUAAAUUAUUUUCCUUUUAUUAUUUCUCUGUAUGUUGUAUUUGAUCAUAUUUAAAGGAAAAAAGCAAGCUUAUAAGCUUUCAUAAAGUGUUCUUACCAGUUUUUGAUAAAAUUUUUUAAAUUAUAGAAUUGUCAUUUUAUGCAGGAGAUAUUUAUACUACGAGGGUUGUUUGGAUGGAGUCGGAUUACAUUUUUUCAGUGAAAUACCUAUUAUUUUAAACUUGCCAUAUUUUCACUAAGCUUGGACGUUUAACCAGGCAUUCUUUUCUUACAUCUCUAUAUGAAGAUACCUGUGUCCAAAAUUUUUGAAGAUAUAUAUUGUAUGUGUUUAUUCCUCAUAUGGUACUUUACCAUAUUUAUAUAUUGUUUUAUACCUGUAGGUUUACACACAAGUAAAUCUUUUUUUUCUUGAAUUUAAUCUGGCACUUUGCACUGCCACAGAGGUAAUGAUGAACUGUGUAUAUAGUUAGAUGUUUUGAUUUCGUAAAAAAUAUACGUCCAUCGUUUGCUAUCACCAGUACCUCUCAGCUUACUCUUCAGGGGAUAUGAAACAAUCUGUAGAUUGGUUUCCAUACAGGGAAGUUCUCUGUCCUAUGCAAUGUUUCUAAUUAAUUUGCUUAGUUCUGAGCCAUUUAUUCUGCUACACUUUGAAAGAUAUAUUAGUUCUGACUUAUUGUUUGGGGCUUUAUUUUAUUUUUAUUUUUUUGAGAUGGAGUUUCACUCUUGUUGCCCAGGCUGGAGUGCGAUAGCUCGAUCUUGGCUCACUGCAACCUCGCCUCCCUGGUGCAAGCAAUUCUUCUGCCUCAGCGAUUACAGGCAUGCACCACCAUGCCCAGCUAAUUUUGUAGAGAUGGGGUUUCUCCAUGUUGGUCAGGCUGGUCUCAAACUCCCGACCUCAGGUGAUCCACCCACCUCGGCCUUGCAAAAUGCUGGGAUUACAGGCGUGAGCCACCAUGCCCAGCCAUGUUUGGGGCUUUAUUUUAUAAGUUAGAACUUUGAAGAGGAAAUGGUGCUAUAUGUUUAUUGUUACUACUUUGUGUAACUUUGAUGUAAUGUUUAUAAGCUAUGAGAAUCAGUUAUAAAAGUAUUAGCCAUUUGUUGUAAAUGCCAAUAAAAUAUUCACCAGGGGCAAGAAUGUACAUUUUCUUUUUAGAAAACCAAAUGUACUUUAGACAUGAAUGCAACUAUUUAAAGAAUAGCUUCAUUUAUGUUAUUCCUUAUAUGUCAUAAGAUUCUUACUUAAACUUGGUCUUCUUUCAAGUUGUUUGUAUGAAGAUGCUGUACCCACUUGAACAGUCCUCAGGUGUUUACAUAAAUACUAUGUUUUACAGUUUUCAUAUUUUAAAAUAUUAAUAAAGUUAAUCACAAUUCA